GUCAAUCAGACAAUCAGCCUAAAAAUGAAAAUCUUCAUUGUUUUUGCUCUCAUCUCGAUAAUUUUUGCUGUUAAUGCAGCUGAUCCAAAAGAACAAGAAAAAUUAGCUCAAGAGCAUCUUAAAGAAUGCGGGGCUGUAUUUAAAAUUACUGAUGAAGAAUUAGCUCAACUGAAAGCUGGUAAAAUAAUUAAUGGAAGUGAAACAAUUCGUUGCUUUGUAAAUUGUUUCUUUGAGAAAUCUGGUAUUCUUAAGGAUGAAAAACUUCAAGAAGAAAACGCAAUUUCCAAAUUUUCCAUCAGAGUGGGCGAUAAGGCUAAGGAAAUUGUGAAAACCUGUAGCAAAGAGUCUGGACAAGAUAAGUGUGAAACUGCAUUAAAACUUCAUAAUUGUUUACAUUCAAAUGGUGUUUACUGCUUCAUCUGUGGAGGGGCAAAAAAUUAUACAUUGCCGAAUGUCGCGAUAAAUUUCACAUUAAUCAGUGACUUGGCACACUAUAACCUUAUUAUCGGUGAAAUAACAGAAGAUAAAGCAACUGAAGACCAAAAAUGCUACUUGAACUGUUUUCUAGAAAAACUUGGCAUUCUUAGUCAUGGUGAAUUGCAAGAAGAUGCUCAAGGAUUCAAAGACUAUAUUGGUGAUAAAAGUGCAAAAGAAGCAAUCGAGCGAUGUCGUGAGGAAUUUGGAUUAGAUGCUUUCUUGGAAUUCGCAAUUAUGCAAUUACUCAAAUUUAUACUUAGCAAUGUCAAUAAGCUUAUUCAGUUUGAAUCUUUAAUUGAAUUAAAAAUGAAGUAUCUCAUUUUUAUUAGUUUCAUUAUUGCAAUAUUCAAUGCUGCUAAAGCUGCAUCUACAGAGCAAUCAACAAAAUAUAUUGCCGAAUGUCGGGCUGAAUUUAAAAUAACCGAUGAUGUUAAACAUUACAAUUUGACUACCGGUGCAAUUCCAGAAGCUGAUGCAACUGAAGACAUGAAAUGCUAUUUGAACUGUUUUAUGGAAAAACUUGGUGUUCUUAAGGAUGGCAAAAUUCAAGAAGAUGCUCAGGAAUUCAAAAACUAUGUUGGCGAAGAACAUGCAAACGAAGAAAUUGAAUCUUGUCGCGGUGAAACGGGAUCGAGUAAAUGUGAAACUGCAUUCAAAUUGCAUCAAUGUUUUCUCAAACAUUUCAAUUAUUUAGUUUUACAAGUUUUUUCGUUGAGUGAAUAAAUUUUAUUGAUAAAAUCCUUUU